CAAAGUAGGGGCAGCGGGUGACGGUACGAUGGCUGCGCAGCGGCUGGGCAAGCGCGUGCUGAGCAAGCUGCAGUCCCCGUCGCGGGCCCGCGGCCCGGGGGGCAGCCCCAGCGGGCUGCAGAAGCGGCACGCGCGAGUCACGGUCAAGUACGACCGACGGGAGCUGCAGCGACGGCUGGACGUGGAGAAGUGGAUCGACGGAUGCUUGGAGGAGCUGUACCGCGGCAGGGAGUCAGACAUGCCGGACGAGGUCAACAUCGAUGAGCUAUUGGAAUUGGACAGUGAAGAGGAAAGAUGCCGGAAAAUCCAGGGACUUCUGGAGGCUUGUGCAAAUCCCACAGAGCUCCUAGAUGCCAGAGGGACAAACGUCACCGCCUGUCAGUCGGCCUGGAGCUGGCUCAGACCUGGUCUCUGGGGACUGUCUCUCAGCCUGAGAAACAUCUCCCUCUUCCAUCUGAGCCUGUGUCUCUCUCGGAUCAGGGUCUUUGUCUCUCUCCAUCUCUAUUUUUUAUUUGACUUUAUUUUAAGUGGAUAAGUGUUUUGUCUGCAUGUAUGCCUGUGCACCACACAUGCCUGGUGCCCAUGAAGGCCAGAAGAGGGCUCAGAUCCAUUGGAGCUGGUGUUACAGACAGUUGUGAGCUGCCAUGUGGCUGCUGGGAACCGAACUCGGAUCCUCUGGAAGAGCAGCCACUGCUCUUAACCACAGAGCAACCACAGAGCUGCCUUUUCACACCCCUCCCCCUUUUUCUUGAGAUAAGUACUCAGUGUGUAAAUUCAUAGCAAUCCUCCUGCCUCCAGUAGAACUAUUGACCCAGGGAGUAAUUUCAGCUUCCUCCAAUCUUUCUACCUGCCCCUGCCCUUUUCUCUUGCCUAUCUUAGGCUCCAUUCCCGCCCUGUUUGGCCCCAGAUCCCACUUCGAAUAAGCUGUUGCCCAAAGAGACACAGGCCUUGGGGUGGGAGGCCUCUCUCCUGCUCUGUUCUCAGAAUCCCACUCUGUCUGUAGGACUUCGUCCAGGAGCUACUGGCCAAGCUUCGGGGCCUGCACAAACAGCCGGGCUUCCCGCAGCCCAGCCCCUCAGAUGACCCCAGCCUGAGCCCCCGCCAGGACCGGGCCCACACUGCCCCACCCUGACUGCGCCCGCCUCUGCGCUCCACCCCCAAAGCCCAGAUUGUUUCUAAGUUGUAUUUAAUGGUUCUGUAACUGCC